CUGAUAUUGGGAUGUCAAAAACUCGUCGAAAACUCAAAUAUAUAUGUAUAUGAUUCCAGGAACAUAGCCUGUCAACUCUCUCGAACACCCGAAAUCACCGAACGAUCGAUAAGAUAUGACCGACAAACUAAGUAUCUCGAUGAUCACAAUCUUGAUGAGCUUCUUCCACGACGUUGUGCGUAACGACGCACGGUUAAACCACCUCCGAACGGCACUCACACAACUUCCACAUAGCAUCCCCCUCGGAAAUUCCAAAUAUAAUUUUGAACACUAUGUACCAGAUCCGGAUAGGGUCGAGCUCUAUGGCAGUACCGAAGCUGCGCUGAAUAAUGUGCUCGAGGUCACGUUUGCACCCAGAGGCCGGAAGGAUGAGUCCGCACUGUGCCCAUUUGAGUUUGAGGAGCGCGGGCCAGGUCUUGUUGCAGUUGUCGACGUUCUAACGGCUGCCCUCAACCAGUGUCCCAAUUCUGCGCUGCUUCAAAAAUGGCUUCGUGAUCUGUGGCGGACCACAGUUUAUCACUAUAAUUGUGCAAAGCAAUCAGUUCCAUCGGCAGUGGGCUUUGAUGGAUCCUGAACGUGUUCGUGUUGUCCCACCUAAUUCGGACUCAGAGGACAGUUGGUUGGAGGAGGGUGAGGACCCAGAAAUCGAGUGUGAUCCAAUGUACAGGUCGUGUGAUACAAGAGUGCUUGUGGGUAGCGAGGAUGCUCAUCUUGAUGCUCCUCGAUUGUUAGACUUACUAUCAGAGAAGCCGGUGGAAGGAGCAAGCACGAUACCUCAACUACAGGACACUGGUACAGUUCCAGCGCCAUUGGGAGGGCCCGUACAGUGGGAGUUUGCAUUACCGUAGCGAAAAAAUGUCAAAAUGACCUGGAAAAACACAUUUUUUGAGUGUGUCAAAAACUGGUCAAAAACUAGUUUUUAA